AUGGAGGACUCCGGCAAAGUCCCAUGGGGCUACCAAUGGCGCUCAUCGCCGUUCUUCAUCAUCGGUACUGUGUGCGUGGCAUUGUUCAUUGAAAUUUUCCUCUAUGGUUUCUUGGUCCCGAUUCUCCCGUAUAUGUUGGAAAAUCGGCUGCAUGUAGACCCAUCCCAGACGCAGCGCUUCACUUCCAUUUCACUGGCCCUGCACGGCCUGAUGUCUGCCUUUGGCGGGCCCCUGAUUGGGCAUUUUGCCGACAAAGCCGCGGAUCGCAGAACUCCGCUCCUGGUUGCGCUCGUAGGCUGUAUCAUAGGUACGGCGAUGGUGGCCUGCGGGACAUCUCUCGUCGUCUUCUUUACCGGUCGAGUCCUACAAGGUAUCUCCGGGUCCGGGGCAUGGAUUGUUGGCCUCGCGACGGCCGCCGACACCGUCGGCCAAGACCGCGUCGGCACCAUCAUGGGUAUCAUCAUGUCGUUCGUCAAUGCCGGCAUGAUUGUCGGGCCCAUGGUAUCUGGCUUGAUCCUCGAAACCGCCGGAUACUGGCUGACAUGGACUGUCCCCGUGGUGAUCCUGAUCAUCGAUAUCGUCGCCCGCCUCCUGAUGAUCGAGAUCCCACGAGACACCACCUCCAAGGCCACGGAUGAUGCAGCCGAAACGGACAGCUUGCUCUCACAAGCCGAUACUCCGACAAAAGAGUCGUUGGCGCCCAAUUUCUGGCGCAUCAUGCUGGGCAACAGCCGUGUGAUCACGGUCCUGCUUAUAACUAUUUGGGGACCUUGUCUUGGUACAACGCUGAAUGCAACCUUGCCCCUAUAUGUGCAGGAAACGUUCGGAUGGGGUCCCUCGCGCACGGGUUUGCUGUUCUUUUUAAUUGCUGCCCCAGGCCUCUUAAUCAGUGCUUUAGCUGGAUGGCUUCGAGACAGAAUUGGCACCCGAUUGCCUGCUACCACAGCUCUCAUAUUCCAAGGCGGAUGCUUGGUUUUGCUUGGCUUUGCCGGUAAUGUCCAUUUCAAGUGGUCUAGCGCUGAGAAUCGCGGCCAGGCGCUGUACAUCAGUGCGAUCAUCAUCUUGGGGAUGGUUCGACCGUUCUUAAGCGGCAUUGGGCCAGUCGAAUUGACUUCUAUCGUAAAAAUAAAGGAGGAGCAGAGCCCUGGGGUAUUCGGACCUCGGGGAGGCUACUCUCGUGUUUUUUCGAUUGUUGAAGUCGCCGCUACUACCGGCAUGACUAUCGGCCCCCUCAUCUCUGGAUGCCUAGUCGAGAGAUUUGGAUAUGCAAUGAUGAAUUGGUCUUUUAGUCUUUCAUCGGUGCUGUUUGCAGUGUUAGCAUUCAUCUUUCUGGGAUCGAAAAAAGUAAACAAAGGCAAGAGCAAGCUAGAUAGUGCCGAUGAAUAA